AUGGGGGAAGCAGUUGACUUAGCCGAAGGAUUCGAUCACAUCACAGUCGAUGUACAAAAGCUAUCAGAUUCACUUGUAAAAAGCCUGGGAGACAAAUUGCAGAAGCUUCCUCCUUUGUCCAGUAAAUGUAGCAUUUGUAAAGUUCCUGCUCAUCUACGAGAACGAAAUGAUAAAGCCUUCACUCCUCGAGAAAUUUCAAUUGGUCCGCUUCAUUACAACAAUCUAAACCUCAAACACAUGGAAGACCACAAACAGAGGUUACUAAAGGACUUUCUGUCACGAGCAAAGGUAAGCCUACGUGACUGUGUCCACCUUUUGAAGAAGAAAGAAUUGUAUCUACGAAACUGUUAUGCAGACCCCAUUGAAUUUGACAGUGACAAGUUUAUUGAGAUCAUUCUGGUAGAUUCCGCUUUCAUUCUUGAACUAUUCUUCAGAAAUGUCUCAGGUAAUAACAAGUUGCAGGAUCAGUAUGAUCAUUUCUUUGGCGGCCCAUGGAAGCUACGGUUCAUUAAAACUGACAUGCUUCUGCUUGAAAAUCAAGUUCCUUUCUCCAUCCUCGAGGACCUUCUUUCAUUAACAAAAUCAGACCUUCCCAUAAAGAUCGAUGUUCGGCGUUUAGCAAUCAUGCUAACCUACGAGUUCUUCAAAAGGAAGUUGAAUCUGGUAGACAUGGAUAACUUCAAUAUUGAGGAAAAAGUGGGUGAACUGGAAAUACAACAUUUUGUUGAUUUUGCCAGAAUUUGUUAUGUCCCUCGAGUUCUUCCAAGCAAAAACAAACUAAAGUGCGUGACUAUGCCAAGGGCAACAAAGCUACGCGAAGCUGGAGUGAAGUUCAGGGUCAAGAGCAGUGGAAAUCAUUUUGAUAUCAAAUUCAAAAACGGGGUGUUAGAAAUCUCACGUUUGAGAAUUAAAGAUGACACAGAGAUUCUUCUGAGGAAUCUGAUUGCACACGAACGUUGUCACUUGCACGAUAAUUAUGUGAAUGACUUCGUGUUUAUCCUGGAUCGUCUGGUAGAGACAGCCGGUGAUGUGGACUUGCUGAUGCAUUGUGGGGUUAUUGAGUCAAAAUUAUCAGGAACUCAAGAAGUGGCUUCUCUGAUGAAUAACCUUUGUCCAGGAGUAACCAUGGCGAGAAGAAGGUUCUACUUCUCAGAUCUGUGUGAGCAGUUCUUCAAAAGGAAAUUGAACCUGGUAGACAUGGAUAACUUCAAUAUUGAGGAAAAAGUGGGUGAACUGGAAAUACAACAUUUUGUUGAUUUUGCCAGAAUUUGUUAUGUCCCUCGAGUUCUUCCAAGCAAAAACAAACUAGAGUGCGUGACUAUGCCAGGGGCAACAAAGUUACGCGAAGCUGGAGUGAAGUUCAAGGUGAAGAACGGCGGGAGUCCUUUUGACAUCAGAUUCAAAGAUGGGGUAUUGGAAAUCUCACGGUUGAGAAUAAAAGAUGCGACGGAGAUUUUUCUGAGGAAUCUGAUUGCAUACGAACGUUGUCACUUGCACGACAAUUAUAUGAAUGACUAUGUCUUUAUCUUGGAUCUUCUGAUAGAGACAGCAGGUGACGUGGAGUUACUGAUGCAUUGUGGGAUUAUAGAGACAAAGUUAUCAGGAACUCAAGAAGUGGCUUCUCUGGUGAACGAGCUUUGGCCGGGAAUGACCAUGGCGAGAAGAAGGUUCUACUUCUCAGAUCUGUGUGAGGAGGUGAGUGAGUAUUAUAGAGUGCCUUGGCAUAAAUGGAGGCUAAUUCUGAAAGAGGACUAUUUUAGUAAUCCUUGGGCCAUCAUCUCUGUGAUUGCAGCAAUGUCACUUCUUCUACUCACCUUCGUGCAGACUUGUUAUACUGUCAUGUCCUAUUAUUUUAGCUAG